GCAGAACUUUUGUUUAUCAGUCAUGUCCAGUAACAAAAUAUUUAAUAGCUCGCUGAUAGUAAUAAUAUUUAUUGUUAUCAAUCUGUUUGGUGACACUCAAGGAUUUACAAACGUUUAUCCGAAAUUAAAAAAUUAUCCUCUGAAGAAUGGCGAAGAUGCUGGACAACCUUUGUUUUUGACACCCUACAUCGAGAAAGAAAAAUUUGAUGUUGCUAGAAAAUUAGCUACCGUUCAACAUAAAGAAAUGCUGGAUGUUGGAAGUUACGCCGGAUAUUUAACAGUCAACAAAAAAUAUAAUUCUAAUAUGUUCUUCUGGUUUUUCCCUGCACAGAAAAUGGACGAUGAAAAAUUGAUAAAUUGCGUAAAAAGUUACAGAGGAUUAUAUGACUUUUCACAUUCGCAAUAUUUAAAUGGCAAUUAUAAAGAAAAAAAAUGGGAAAAAAUCGGACUAAAAUUAAAUCAACCAGUUCCAGUAUGUAAAGCCCGUUGGAAUAAUAUCAGAGACAAUUUCCGUAAAUCGUUGAAAAAAAGAAUAGCUCAAGAUGAAGAAAAAUUAACACAAUCGAAGAAAUAUAAAUAUGAAGAUCAAUUAGAAUUUUUAAUGCCUUUUAUCAAAAUAAGAGACACUGAUGACAUUUUAGAUAGUUUUGUCGGAGUUAAUACUUCCGCCGCGAUGGACCCUUUAGCCAAUGUUGGCAUUAAACACGAUCCUGAGGAGUCUGAUGACAGUGACAUCGAAGAUAGUGAAGGUACUGACCAAGAGGACCAAGCUCAAGAUGGAGUUUCAGUAACAAAGUCAAAACAAUGUUCCCAGUUUGGAAAAAUUUCAAUAAGUACGAACUAUCAUGAAGAAAAUGGUUUAAUUAAUAACGUAUCAAAAGAACCUGUAUCGUUGGAGAUAAAUAAAAAACGAAAAGCUGACGAUGAAGAUUUAUUAAAGUACGACAACUCCGAGACAACAUCGAUCAAUCUGGUGAAAUACAUUUUAGAGCAAAAUGAGAAAACGAACCAGCAGUCAACUCAUCCAGUAGACGCAUUCCUUGCUGGAUUAGCGCCUACUUUAAAAUCUUUAAAUCCGUAUCACUUAAAUAUUGCUAAAUCUAAAAUAUUUAACGUAGUACAGGAGUUAGAAAUGAAUCAAAUAAUGAAUAUUCAGCCAGCCUUUGAAACACCAGUCACAAAGUUUUUUAUUUCACCUUCUUCAUCACCGUUACAAAGCAGUACUUCACCAUCAUCAUCAUCUACUUUUAUAGCUACUACAUCUGUUAAACCUCGAACAGCGCCAGUAGUUUUGUGGCUUCAAGGUGGCCCGGGAGCAAGCUCUCUCUUUGGUCUCUUCACCGAAAAUGGACCUUUUAGAGUUGACAAAAACAUAACUCUUCAAAUGCGCAAAUAUAGUUGGAGUGUAUCGCACAAUUUAAUCUACAUAGACAAUCCAGUUGGUACGGGUUACAGUUUCACAGAUCAUGAUGACGGAUAUGCGAAAAAUGAAACCCAAGUAGGUGAAGAUUUAUAUUCAGCGCUAGUACAAUUUUUCCAGUUAUUCUCAGAGCUCCAAAACAAUGAUUUCUAUGUAACUGGUGAAUCAUAUGCCGGCAAGUAUGUCCCAGCAGUGGCGUACACAAUUCAUCAAAACAACUUAACAUCAAAAACAAAAAUAAACUUAAAAGGUAUAGCCAUUGGUAACGGUCUCACUGAUCCAAUAAAUCAGUUGAAUUACGGGGACUAUCUUUACCAGUUGGGUUUGAUUGAUUUCAAUGGUAGGGAAAAGUUUCAUGCUUAUGAAGAUCAAGGAAGGGCGUUUAUUAAUCAGAGUAAAUAUGACGAAGCUUUUGAAAUAUUCAACAAACUUCUUGAUGGUGAUUUGAGUUCUCCACCAACUCUUUUUCAAAAUCUAACUGGAUUCAAUUUCUAUUUUAAUUAUUUACACACAAGCGAUUCUAAUGAGUCGGAUUGGAUGAGUCAAUGGGUGCAGGGUGUUGGUGCAAGGCGUGCUAUUCACGUCGGAAACUGUUCUUUCAAUGUUGAAAAUUCAAAAGUGGAAGAGCAUUUGAAAAACGACAUCACUCGGUCGCAGGCUGAUAAAGUCGCUGCUCUGCUUCAAUACUACAAAGUACUGAUUUACAAUGGACAACUUGACAUUAUCGUUGCUUAUCCGCUGACAGAAAACUAUCUGAUGAACUUAAAAUGGUUUGGCGCGGACACUUACAAAAAAGCUGAACGCAGAAUCUGGAAAGUUGGCAAUGAAAUUGCUGGAUACGUCAAACAUGCUCACAAUUUAAUUGAAAUUCUUGUACGCAAUGCUGGACACAUGGUACCUGCAGAUCAGCCGAAGUGGGCAUUUGAUUUAAUUAGUCGAUUUACUAACGUCAAGACUUUU